AUGUCCAGUCGCGAGGCGAGCCCAUCGGCGCGGUUUCAAUUCUUUGCAAAUCCGCCGUGGCUAGGGUUCCCACACGACGGCUACGAUGUCGUGCCAUUGGCUCAGUAUAUUGAUAUUCGCCCACAAGACACCUUCCCAAACUGGGAAGAAGAAGAAGAGAUGGCGCCGAGGAAGCUGGCGGCGAGCAUACAGAGCCUGCUCACAUUCGGUCUGCUGGAGGCGGUCACAGAGCAGCAUGUCCCUGAGAGCAAGCUCAUUCUCGCAGAGGAGUCGGGCAGGCUGGUCAUGAGCAGGGAUGGUCUGUUGGACGUUCUCCUAGACUGGGUUUGGCGUGUCCGGAUGAGUCGAGAAGAGGAUCUCACCCCUUGGUUCGAUCGGGUCAUCGCCAAUCUGUCCCAUGCCCAUUCAUCGAUGGUCAUUUACAUGAGAUCGACCUUUCAGAUAUUCAGUCCAUUGGGAGACGAUGCACCAGCCAUGGCGUGCUUCAUUGCCUCGGUCGGCGAGGCGCUUGCCACGGCAAGAAUGUGCUUUCGGGAGCCGUCACAGGGCUGGUCCGGCUUCUCGUGGACAGUAUGGAUACCGCCGUGGAGAAGUAGUCUAGAAGAGCAGAUGAUUACCGAAGGGUGGUGCCCCUCUGUCGUCGAGUAUCUCAUCAGCAGUGCCACCGUUUCCUCGCUGGAAUAUGUCCGCAAAUGCGGUCCAGUCAAGGAUGGCAAGUGUCACGACACCUGCUCGUCGCUAGUAUGUGCGACGGACAUCGUCGAUGAAAACACAUACAGCCAAAAGCAUGCCUCAUCGUGCAAUUCGUCGGGGGAUCCGCCCUGCGUAUACACGACACCGCCGCUCGGAGAUGUACUGCAGCUACUGAUUGAGAGAGAAGUCCCUGUUGUGACUUUUGCGGAUGGACUCGACGCAGAUCCCUCCUGCAUACAGGUCCACAAGGCAUCCGAUGUCCCCUACGUUGCCAUUUCACACGUUUGGGCCGACGGACUAGGCAGCACAACAGAGACUGGUCUUCCGACGUGCCAGCUGCGCCGACUCGCCUCUCUCGUGUCUACCGUACAGCCCGGCGCCGCAAUCUGGAUCGACAGCUUGUGCGUUCCCAAGACGGACCGCGAGCGAAAAACGGCCAUUGAGCUCAUGGCCCGCACCUACAGCCAAGCAGCGGCCGUCUUGGUACUCGACGACGGCCUGCAGCGGUGCCCCGCCGCGGCGCCGCCCGGCGUCAAGGUCCUGCGCGUCCUGACGUCGGGCUGGAUGCGCCGUCUCUGGACGCUCCAGGAAGCGACGCUGAGCAGGGCGCUCUACCUAGCCUUUGCUGACGCGACGCUGGUGCCGCUCGCGGAACUGAUCCCGCCCGGCUCGAUCAUCUUGACGCGCUCGCACCACGCCGACCUGGCCAAGGAGCUGUUUCGGCUCACAAAGCUCUCUGCGUUUCAGGAAUACUCGAUUGGUGACGUCGCGCGCUCGCUGCAGUGGAGGACCACGAACCGAUCCUCAGACGAGACGCUGGCCAUUGCGAGUCUCCUGGGAGCCGACGUGUCCGCCCUGACAGGCUUAGCUCAGCAAGAUCGGAUGAUGCGGCUGCUGCAAAAUAUUGGGAGGUUUCCGAGAAAUAUUCUGCUUCUAGACGGUGGCAAGCUGGAGUGUCCGGGGUUUCGCUGGGCGCCGCGGUCAUUUAUGACUGCUCACGGCGGCCGAAGCAGCGGUCCACAGCUCAGCACGCAGACACUCGAUGCGCAAGUGACGAGCUCGGGGCUCGAAGCCAGGUGCUAUGUUCUCUUGUUCCGCAUGAAGACGUUUGAGCGGCGCCAGGCUUGGACGCUGAAAGACCGCAAGUCGGGCCGCGACUAUCUCAUGGUCGGCCCGCUGUCUGGACCCUCAAGCUACACGUGCGACAUGGUUUUGCUUCCAGAGACCUUGCGAGGGGGUAAUACGGCGCAUUGCGUCGCCGGUCUUCUAGAUAUGGAAGCUGCAAAGAAACAGACACGCUCAUCGUUUACCGUCCACUGUGAGUACAGAAUGAGACUGCUCAUGACGGAUGUCCUUGGAAAGGAGGAGGCGGGCGAAGUCGUCGUCGGUGACGUGUCUGGGUGGGCAACUGUGUGCGUGAGCUAG